AUGCGAAAUUUGAGGACCAUAGCGUAUCAUGAGACUCGGCUACCGGAUGAUUUGCCACUCACAGCGACAGCCUGGGACACGACCCAUAAUGCAAUAAUCUGUGCAUUUGGUCCAACACCUACACAGCCUAUCAUCGAACUGAAGAGACGAGUCAAGACCUCAUCUUCCCAAGACGAGUUCGUGGCCAUCACUUCGUGGGAUUCACCGUGUCCGCUUCCACAUCUACAAUGUGAUGAAAUCCUGCUGCUCCAAUAUUUCCCUGACACUAGAACAUCAUGCCUUGUGCUCGCGGGCGGAGAUGUUGUGGUUGUGCGCGAGGAUCCAGGUCCCGGACAAGAGAGGAUCGAAAUUGUUGGUACCGUCGACAUCGGAAUCUGUGCUGCUGCAUGGGCCCCAGACGAAGAACUGCUGGCCAUCGUCACCCGUGCAGACACCCUCGUGCUGAUGAGUAGGACUUUCGAACCUCUCAAUGAAGGCACUCUAUCCCCAGACGACCUCAAAGUUUCCAAACAUGUCUCUGUAGGUUGGGGUCACAAGGAGACUCAAUUCCAAGGUCGUCGCGCCAAAGCAAUGCGAGAUCCUACCGUGCCGGAAAAGGUCGACGAGGGCAAGUUGAGCCCUUUUGAGGAUGACAAGGUCACGAUCAGUUGGCGAGGAGACGGGCAAUACCUUGCUAUAAGCAGCGUGGUCCCUGGUCAACGUCGAGUUAUCCGGGUUUUCACGCGUGAGGCUGUCCUGGACAGCGCUAGUGAACCUGUCGAUGGUAUGGAGUCGGCAUUGAGCUGGAAGCCUUCGGGAAAUCUCAUUGCCAGUGUUCGCCGAUCCGAGACAAAGCUGGAGGUCAUCUUCUUCGAGAGAAACGGUCUCCGACAUGGUCAAUUUGAUCUUCGAACGACGAUACAAGAAAUGGAUGAGUGGGCGUCUAGCCUUUCCCUCUCAUGGAACACAGACUCCACCGUUCUCGCCGUCACCUUCAAGGAUAGGGUGCAGUUUUGGACGAUGGGAAAUUAUCACUACGAUCUGAAACAAGAGAUCCUACUCCAUUCACCACGCAGCAACUGGCCACUGAGAUGGCAUCCUGAAAUUCCUCUGAGGAUGUGCUUCGGCACAACCAGAAAGCUCUUGGACCUCACCUUCCUAUCCGCGGUGUCAGCAGGUAGCAUAGUCCCUCCCCAAGACUAUGGCAUCGUUGGAGUCAUUGAUGGCAGGACACUAAAGCUUACUCCCUUGAAGCAAGCUGGUGUGCCACCACCGAUGGCUUUCUGUGAGGCCGUUUUCGACCACAAUAUCAUUAGCUGCGCCUUUGGUCGAGAUUGCCAAAGAUUUGCAGUCUUAACGACAAAGACAUUGGAAAUUUGUGAAUGGAAAACCCGUGCUAAGGGUAACGGCGAUUUGGUGUUUACAACAACCGUUGAGCGGCAGUCUCAUCAACAUCCGACACUACAGCCAGAAGCAGAACCUUUGUUCUACACUCAGGUGGCUCUUGUCAACGACGAUAUAUUUGUCAUGGCGCCAACGCAGUCAGUGGGAGCAACAUCGUGUUGGAAAUCCACGUGGCCCGAGAAUCAGAGCUUGUCUUGGGAACAUAUCCUUGCGCCUGAAGGUUGUGAAAGCCUCAUAGCAGACAUAUUUUCCGAAUCUGUGUUUAUUACGAAUCCGAUUACGGAUGCCACAGUCCAGCUCACAGACUAUCCGGGGUCAAUGGGUAUAGAGCCCGUCAAACUGAGCGGUAGUCAGCCCAACAGCUCCAUUUUUACCCUUCGCCACAUCGCACACCAUCAGGCAAAUGGUGAGAUGAACGGUGACACCCCAGAAUACUAUAAGGUCUCUUUGUCACUUAAGGGAAAUCUAUACGUCGACAACAAGCUCCUCGUCCGCGAGGUUACCUCCUACGUGCUCACUUCGACGCAUCUAAUUUUCACCACCUCUGCACACCUCCUGAAAUUCGUCCAUCUUACCCCUCCCUCAGCAAUGCAAGUCCCCGAUGACACGCCGGAGAUCGACGAACGAUGCAGAAAUAUCGAAAGGGGUGCACGCAUCGUGACUGUUGUCCCGUCCAUCUACGCUGUGGUUCUUCAAAUGCCGCGAGGAAACCUUGAGACAAUCUACCCUCGUUUGCUAGUUCUCUCGGGAAUACGCAAGCAUCUUAAGCAACAGGACUACCUCGCUGCUUUUCUGGCUUGUCAAACCCAUCAGGUCGAUAUGAACAUCCUGCACGACUAUGAGCCAGGUAUUUUUCUGGCCAACGUGCCCAAAUUUAUUGACCAACUUAAGAAGCCCAGCCGUUUAGAUGCAUUUCUUUCGAAACUCAGGGACGAGGACGUCACGCAGACGUUAUACCGCGACACGACCUUGCAAGUUCAAUCUGACCCAAAGCCACAAUCUGCGAACACGAAGCCUGCCAACCUGGUUCCUGGCAGCAAAAUCAACAAGAUUGCUGACACGUUCCUUUCGAGCCUAUCUUCAAAACCUUCCUCUUACUUGCAGACCAUCAUAACGGCCCAUGUCUGCAAGCGACCCCCCGACUUAUUCUCUGCCUUGACGCUUGUCUCCGCCCUCCUCGAAACUUCCAAAGAAGAGGCGGACGUUGCAAUCUCCCUCCUGUUCUUCCUCACCCCCAAUCCCUCCGUUCUAUUUGACGCUGCCCUCUCACUCUAUGAUCUCGAGUUGACGCUCCUCGUAGCGCAGAAUGACAGCUCAAGAGACCCAAGGGAAUAUAUGCCCUACCUGCAAUCUCUCCAGGAAAUGUCGGAGCUCAGACGGAAGUUUGCGAUUGACGAUCAUCUCAAGAAGUACAGCAAAGCUUUGGUUUCAUUACAUGCGCUCGGCGAGCAUGAGCAAGUCGCGACCUACACGGCAAAGCAUUCCCUUUACAACACGGCGAUGGAGCUGUACAAAUACGACCAAGUCCACCUGACCCGAAUAACCCGUAUGUAUGCUGAGUAUCUCACGACUCAAAAGUCUCAUCAUGCCCAAGCUGCUACGCUUUACGAAUCACUGGGCGACUACGAUUCUUCGCACAAGCUGUACGCACUGGCACAUAAGUGGCGUGAGGCACUGACCUGUGCGACUCUUGUGCCCUUGACAGCCCCGCAACUGAAGUCGCUCGCGCAGAGUCUGGCAACAACUUUGGCGGACGAGAACCGGGACUAUCGAGCCGCCGCGACGAUUCAAAUUGACUAUCUCUCCAAUACUCCCGAGGCAGCAAAACUUCUGUGCCGGGGAUCUUAUUUCGCUGAAGCAAUGCGCGUUCUCGCCCACGAUGGCCGCUCUGUUUCCGAGAUCCACCAGAUCACAGACGCAGGGCUAGGCGAGAAAGUCGGCGAGAUACUCGAACUCCUUGCGGACUGCCGUGCACAACUGAACGCACAGGUCCCACGCAUCGUUGAGCUCCGCAAGAAAAAGGAGGAAGAUCCUCUGGCUUUCUUCGGUGGUGAUCCCACCGUGGCUGCGGACGGCGCCGCAGGCGACAUCCCGGACAACGUCUCCCUGGCGCCCACGGACGUCAGCACACUGGGCGGCCAGAGUCUUUUCACCCGCUACGGCAGCAACGCCAGCAAGUUCGGCGGCACCGUGGCCUCCAACGUGUCGCGGAAGACGUCAAAGACGAAACGCCGCGAAGAACGCAAGCGCGCCCGCGGCAAAAAGGGCUCGGUCUACGAGGAAGAGUACCUCGUCGCCAGCGUGGGGAGACUGAUCGACCGCGUAAACGGCCUCCACGAGGAGGUGGGUCGUCUUCUCGCGGGUCUCUCUAGGCGAGGCAUGCGAGAGCAAGCGAGACAGGUCGACGACAACAUGAAGGAAAUCUGCCAGGCCUGCGAAAGAGCUAGAGAGGACGUCUGGGAGGUUGCCAAAACAAAUCCAGAAGAUGGCCAGGUUCAGGUCGAGGAGGGCACGUAUGAUAAAGACGGACAAGGAAGACCUCCUGGAGCAGAAGGCGUGUUCUGGGACAGCCAGCAGGAAAGCCAGAAAAAGAGAGAGGCGCCCGAAGUCAAGGGUUGGAAUUACAGCGAGGCUGUAGCUUCAUAG